CAGAUCGUUUUGGACUGUAAACCUCAUCACUUUCGAAAGUAUACUCCGGCCACAAACAAUUUGCCGGCGAAUUAUCUAAUUUACAUUGCUGCUGUAAAACUCACGAAGAGAGAUCUAAGAAGAGUGAAGUCCCGUUUUUGUGAUUUGGAGGGUGAGAUCGAGCUCUGUGUGAGAUGAAUUCUUAAGAAAGAAAGAAAGAAAGAAGGAAGAUGAGUAAAGAGAUGUCGUUUUGGGUACAGCCGAGGUGCCUUCUUCUCCUCGCUGCCCUUACGAUCUUCCUCGUCUUUGCGCUCUCACACACCCGUAAAGAGGAGGAGAAGCAAGUCACCGAGGAUUGCCAAGUUACACACAGAGUGUUUCUCGAUAUCGAUAUCGAAGGCCAGCGCUUAGGCAGGAUAGUUAUUGGAUUAUACGGCAAUGUUGUUCCCAAAACCGUAGAAAAUUUCAGAGCUUUAUGCACAGGAGAGAAGGGACAAGCUUCAAGCGGAAAGCCUCUACAUUACAAAGGAACACAGUUUCACCGUAUAGUUUCUGGAUUCGUAGUCCAAGGAGGAGACAUCAUCCAUGGUGAUGGAAAAGGGAGCGAGUCAACGUAUGGUGGUACCUUCCCUGACGAAAAUUUUAAAGUAAAGCAUUCACAUGCGGGUGUUGUAGCGAUGGCUAAUACAGGACCUGAUUCUAAUGGCUCACAGUUCUUUAUCACUACUAUCAAGGCUACCUGGUUGGAAGGGGAACAUGUGGUGUUUGGGAAGGUGAUACAAGGGAUGGACAAUGUGUUCGCCAUUGAAGGUGGGGCUGGUACUUACAGUGGCAAACCCAGGAAGAAAGUUGUGAUUGCUGAUUCUGGAGAGAUCCCUCAAGACAAAUGGGAUGAAGAAUGAUAUGACCCAAAACACACAACCAAAAACUUGCUCAUCUGGCUCUGUUCGUGUGUGAGAUCCUCUCUCUCUCUCUUUUUAUUUAUAGUUUCGCAGAUGUGAUGAUCUGAAUUCUGAACAACUAUGCCAAUGUAGUUCUCACAAACGUUGCAAUGAGCACUAGAAAUGUUAUUGAUGAUUAAUAAUAGUUCUUUAAUGCCAAA